CUACAUGCCUACCUGGCGCAGCCAACUUCACGCAAGACGCACCAAAAACAAAAACCGAAAAUAAUUGAGGAAACCCAAAUAAAAGCGCGUUAAAAGGACCAUGAACGUAGACCUGCGAUCAUACUCUCGCCAUUGGCUCACAGAGUUCAUCGAGCAGUACCAGGAGGAAGAGUGUCUGUGGCAGCCAAAACACAACGACUAUAGCAAUCACGCAGCCCGUAACAAGUCCUACGACCGCCUGGUAGAAAAACUGAAAGAAGUGGAGCCCAAUCCGGACAGGGCGAUGGUAGUAAGGAAAAUCAACUCUCUACGCUCUGCAUUUCGGCGGGAAUUCCGCAAGACGACCAGUAAAAACGACUACGAAACCCGUUUGUGGUACUACGACAAGCUGCUCUUUAUUGCCGAUCAUAAACCCAAGCGCCACGAACUUGGAACGAAACCCAAAAGAGAACUCCAGAUCAGCUUCGACGACGAAGAGUCCAUGGAGUUUGAGGACGAGUCACAUCACACCGGUACCCAGUCACAGCACAUGGAGUCCAUUAUGCCCACAUCCCCGGACGAAGUGGAAGAGGUAGCGGCCACGGCAAGCAAUGUGGUAGUCAGCAGUCAAGGUGCCACCCUAAGUACCAUUUCGGUGACGCCUGCUGAAUGUGUAACCCUUGUUAAGAGCGAGGAGCACCAGGCGGCCGAGGCGGCGGCAGCAGCUCAAGCGCACCAGCAACUGGUGGCCCAUGCAGCGGCACAGACUUCUAUAGCGGCGGCGGCUGCCCAGGGGCAUGCCGUGAAGGUCUUAGAGAUAACCUCCCUGGAUUCCAACUCCCAACGAGAGAUACAACAAGCGGUCAACCAUUUAGAGCACCACCAGCAGCAGCUGCACCUUCAGCAGGCCAAUGGUCAACAUCAGGGUGUACCCACCAUACAAAUAGGACGAGAUCACUACCAGCCUUUAUUUGGCAAUGCCGGCACCACUGCCUACACCACUGCUGCUCCGAGCACUUCGCAUCGGGCCGACGAUGAGUACGAUGCAAUUGGUGUGAAUGUGGCCAGCAAACUGCGCGCCAUUAAUCCCACACAGCGAAUCGUGGCCGAGAAGCUGAUCAGCGAUGUUUUAUUCAAUGCUCAGCUGGACAACCUCACUGUAAACUCGGCCCUCACGCAGUAAUCUCCAACGUCCCUAGGAUAAGUUUAUGUAGUCUGUGGCUUUAUCACUUCAUUCUGUCUUUGUCCCAACCUCCAGUCUGGCCAGCUUGUUUCGGUCGGCCAGCAACUGAUUGUACCAUACCGUUUGUAUGUAGUUUUAAUUAUUCUAUACAAUAAAUAGAUUGUAUUUCUUAAGGUCA